AUGCACAGACUCUCAGCACCGACUUCUCGUUCUCUGCGCCGCGCCGCGUCGAAGGCUUCUUCGUCCAAGUUGACUAGCGCUGGUGCUACACAAACACGAAACGCGCACAAGGACAUCAAGUUCUCCAAUGACGGGCGUGCUGCUAUUUUGAAGGGAGUGGAUGUGCUUGCGAACGCGGUGCAGGUGACGCUUGGACCAAAGGGUCGCAAUGUAAUCAUUGAGCAGGCGUACGGUGGACCAAAAAUCACCAAGGACGGUGUAACGGUCGCAAAGUCUAUAACUCUCAAAGACAAGUUUGAGAACCUGGGCGCUCGCCUGAUUCAAGACGUUGCCUCGAAAACAAACGAGAUUGCCGGCGACGGCACAACAACCGCCACUGUUCUUGCGCGAGCCAUCUACUCAGAAGGUGUCAAGAACGUUGCAGCUGGAUGCAACCCCAUGGACCUGCGCCGUGGGUCCCAGGCUGCCGUCGACCGCGUCGUCUCUUUCCUCUCCGCACACGCCAAAACAAUCACGACAACCGCCGAAAUCGCACAGGUCGCCACUAUUUCCGCAAACGGCGACGCCCACGUUGGAGGAUUGAUUGCUCAGGCGAUGGAGAAGGUCGGAAAGGAGGGUGUGAUCACUGUGAAGGAGGGAAAGACGAUUGAGGACGAGAUUGAGAUCACCGAGGGUAUGCGCUUCGACCGUGGUUACAUUUCACCCUACUUCAUCACCAACACCAAGUCCCAACGCGUCGAGUUCGAGAAGCCCUUCAUCCUGCUUUCAGAGAAGAAGAUUUCGGCUCUUCAGGAUAUCCUCCCUGCCCUCGAGGCCGCGGCGCAGGCCAGACGCCCACUGAUCAUCAUUGCGGAGGACGUCGACGGCGAGGCUCUCGCUGCCUGCAUCCUCAACAAGCUCCGUGGUCAGCUGCAGGUGUGCGCUGUCAAGGCUCCUGGGUUCGGAGACAACCGCAAGAGCAUCCUCGGCGACCUUGCCAUUCUCACUGGCGGAACUGUGUUCACGGACGAGCUCGAUGUCAAGCUCGAGCGUGCGUCAGCGGAGAUGCUCGGUUCAACUGGAAGCGUCACUGUCACCAAGGACGACACGAUCAUUCUCAACGGUGAAGGCGCGAAGGAUCAGAUCGCUGCGCGGUGCGAGCAGAUCCGUGCCUUGAUUGCGGACCCCACAACGGGCGACUUUGACCGCAGCAAGCUUCAAGAACGUCUUGCAAAGCUGAGCGGGGGUGUAGCUGUCAUCAAGGUGGGCGGAGCAUCCGAGGUCGAGGUUGGCGAGAAGAAGGACAGGUACGACGACGCGCUCAACGCGACGCGCGCCGCUGUCGAGGAGGGUAUCCUCCCCGGAGGCGGUGUUGCGCUCCUCAAGGCGUCGUUGCAGCUCGCGACGGCGAGUGCGCAGGCUGCGAGCACGAGCAGCCCUGUGAGUGGUGACGCGCAGCCUAUUCGUACGGCCAACUUUGAUCAGGAACUGGGUGUGGGUAUUAUCAGGCGUGCGCUUACGCAGCCUACGCGUGCCAUCCUGAACAACGCGGGUGAGGAGAGUGCUGUUAUCGUCGGUGCGCUGUUGAACCAGGGACCAACUGGCUACGGCAGCGCAGACAAGUUCUCCUGGGGCUACAACGCCGCCAAGGGCGAGUACGUCGACAUGGUGCGCGAGGGUAUCGUGGACCCAUUGAAAGUCGUGCGCACGGCGUUGGUCGAUGCAAGUGGCGUAGCGAGCUUGCUGUUCACGAGCGAGGCGUGCGUCGUUGACUCUCCCGAGGAGGAGAAGGCGGGUGCUGGUGGUAUGGGUGGUAUGGGCGGCAUGGGCGGUAUGGGUGGCAUGGGUGGAUUUUAG